ACAGAAAACUCUUCUUUUAAAAUCUCUCAAAUUGAAAUAUAUAUCACUAUAUGUCUCUCAUCCCAAGCUUGUUGGGCGGUCGAAGAAGUAACAUCUUCGAUCCUUUCUCGCUGGACUCAUGGGAUCCUUUUAUGAAUGUGUCUUCCACUGAUCGUGAAACCAGUGCCAUAGCUAACGCGCGUGUGGAUUGGAAGGAGACUCCAGAGGCUCACGUGUUCAGUGUUGAGCUUCCUGGGUUGAAGAAAGAAGAAGUGAAGGUUGAAGUUGAAGAUGACAGAGUGCUGCAAAUAAGUGGGGAGAGAAGCAGAGAACAUGAACACAAGGAUGAUAAGUGGCACCGCGUGGAGAGAAGCACAGGGAAAUUCAUGAGGAGGUUCAGGCUUCCUGAGAAAGCCAAGAUGGAUAAGAUCAAUGCUGCCAUGGAGAAUGGGUUGCUCACUGUCACUGUGCCUAAGGAGGAAGAGAAGAAGCCAGAGGUCAAGUCUAUUCAAAUCUCUGGUUAAUUGUGUGUUUGAUCAGUCGUUACAUUUGGGAAUUAAAUACCGUGUCCUCUCUGGGAAUGUUCAUCUUGUGUUGUGUUAUGUUAUGUUAUGUAAUGUGGUUAUGCAAGGUUUCAUAAACUAUAUACAGCCGUGUUUCUAAAGUUUUUCGUUAAGUAUAUCAAUAAACUGUUGUUUUUCUAUCUCAAUAUGAUUUUCCUACUGUUA